CUGAGCAGCAGUACUCUACAUGUCCACAGGGCGGAGCCACAGACCCGGAGCCCUCUCCCCUCACGACUAUUUUUACCCGCCGGGUGUCAGGUUCCCCGCCGGGUCUCUGCCCGGUGUCACUGCGCUCCGUCCCCUCCACACUCGCCAUGUUGUCAGGUUAAAUCCGUCGCCACAGUUUUUCUUUCUUCCUUUUCUGUCAUAAACCAGUUUGAUAUCGCGGCUGACAGCAGCGAAAACACCAAGAUGUCGAGUGUGUCUUACCACAUCUCCAACCUGCUGGAGAAAAUGACAUCAACCGACAAAGAUUUCAGGUUCAUGGCCACCAAUGACCUGAUGCUGGAGCUGCAGAAGGACAGCAUUAAACUGGACGAGGACAGCGAGAGGAAGGUGGUGACCAUGCUGCUCAAACUGCUGGAGGACAAGAACGGAGAGGUGCAGAACCUGGCCGUCAAAUGCCUGGCGCCUCUGGUGAGUAAAGUGAAGGAGCCUCAGGUGGAGACGAUGGUGGACACGCUGUGUUCAAACAUGAUUUCAGACAAAGAGCCGCUGAGGGACAUUUCCAGCAUGGGACUGAAGACGGUGAUCGCUGAGCUGCCGCUCUCUUCUUCAGGUUUGACCCUGACGGUCAGUGUGUGUAAAAAGAUUACCUCUCAGCUGAUCGGUGCGAUGGGGAAACAAGAAGACGUCUCAGUCCAGCUGGAGGCUCUGGACAUCCUGUCGGACAUGUUGGGAAGGCUGAGCGGUGCACUGGUCAGUUUUCACAGCUCUCUGCUCUCCAGUCUGCUGCCUCAGUUGACCAGCUCCAGGAUGGCGGUCAGGAAGCGCUCCAUCUUGGCUCUGGGUCACCUGGUGCCCUGCUGUAGCCCCGCCCUCUUCUCCCAGCUGACUGAACACCUGCUGACGGAGCUGACCAAGGGCCCGCCCACCUCCAUGACCAGGACGUACAUCCAGUGCCUGGCGACCGUCAGCCGGCAGGGCGGCCAUCGAGUUGGUGAACAUUUAGAGAAGCUGAUCCCGAUGGUGGUUAAAUUCACCGGUGUGGAGGACGACGAGCUCAGAGAGUAUUGCUUCCAGGCCUUUGAAGCCUUCAUACGGAGGUGUCCAAAGGAGAUGUCCCCACAUAUUGCCACAGUAACGAAGCUUUGUCUGAAGUUCAUGACCUUUGACCCAAACUACAACUACGAUGACGAUGAGGAGGAGGAUGAAGACAGCAUGGACAUCGAUGACGGCCUGGAUGACGAAUCAGACGAUGAGUACAGUGACGAUGACGAUAUGAGCUGGAAGGUGCGGCGCUCCUCCAUCAAGUGUCUGGAGGCGUUGGUCAACACCCGCCGGGACCUCCUCCUCUCCUUCUACUCCUCCAUCUGCCCCGCCCUGCUGGCACGAUUCAAGGAGCGCGAGGAGAACGUGAGGGCGGACGUCUUCGCUGCCUUUUCGACGCUGCUGAGACAAACACGAGUGGGAUCGGGUCACCACGGCAUCAUCAAGGCCGGGUCGGACUCAGCGGCGAGCAGAGAGGAAGAGCCGGCGGCCGCCAUGCUGAAGAAACAGGUGCCGCUGAUAGUGAAAGCUCUCCACAGGCAGCUGAAGGAGAAGAGCAUUAAAUCUCGACAGGGCUGCUUCUGUCUGCUCACUGAACUGGCUCACACCGUACCUGGAGCUCUGGAGCCACACAUACCUGCUCUAAUACCUGGCAUCAUCUUCUCCCUGACAGACAAGUGCACCUCCUCCAACAUGAGGAUCGAUGCUCUCUCCUUCUUCCAUGUCCUUCUCCUCUCCCAUCCUCCUCAAGCCUUUCAGCCACACAUGCAGGUGCUGCUGCCUCCGGUGGUGGCGUGUAUAGAAGACACGUUCUAUAAGAUCACGUCGGAGGCUCUGCUGGUCGCCCAGCAGCUGGUCAGAGUGAUGAGGCCGCAGGGACAGAACGCUGCAGAUACGGGAUUCGACCCCAAACCGUUUGUCAGAGAGGUGUUCUCUGUAACCUUGAAGAGGCUGAAAGCGACAGACAUAGACCAGGAGGUGAAAGAGAGGGCGAUCUCCUGUAUUGGUCACAUGGUGUGUCACCUCGGCGACCACCUGGGGGCGGAGCUGCAGGGUGUCCUGGCGAUCUUCCUGGAGAGGUUAAAGAACGAGAUCACCAGACUGACAGCAGUCAGGACCAUCACACUGAUCUCUGCGUCUCCAUUAAAGAUCAACUUGUCGUCCAUCCUGCCAGAGACUCUGUCCGUGUUGGGGUCUUUCUUACGGAAGAACCAGCGAGCCCUGAAGCUCGGCACGCUGGCGUGUCUGACGGCGCUGGUCACGCAUCACGCUGCCAGCAUCAAACCUGCAGCGCUGGAGCCCGUUCUGAGUGAGCUUCCUGCUCUGGUGGACGAAGGCGACAUGCACGUGUCACAGGUGUCCGUCACCUUGCUGACCUGCAUGUCCAAAGCCUGCCCGUCCUCUCUGGCGAAGAUCAGCUCCUCCGUGCUGCCGGGAGUCUUCAGACUCGUCCACUCUCCACUGCUGCAGGGCGGAGCGCUGGUGGCCAUACUGGAUUUCCUGCAGGCACUGGUGCUGUCCAAAACCAGUAACCUGGGCUACAGUCAGUUGAUGAAGUCUCUCACAGAUCCGUUCCACAGUCCUCAGUCUUCAGACUCUGCCGUCAUCCACAGACAGUCGUAUCAGUCUGUUGCUCGCUGCGUGGCUGCUCUGUCCUCCUCCUGCCCCAAAGAAACUCCUGCCACUGUGACCAGCCUCCUGCAGGAGGUGAAGAGUCCUGGUUCUCCAGAGUCUGCUCGGGUCCUGGCUCUGUUGUGUCUGGGGGAGAUGGGGAGGAGCAGAAGCCUGGGAGGAAGCAAGGAGGUGCAGGGAGUCAUCCUGGAGGCCAUCUCCUCCACCAACGAGGAGGUGAAGACGGCGGCGUCCUGCGCUUUGGGCAGCAUGGCAGUCGGCAGCUUGAACGACUACCUGCCCUUCCUGCUGAAGGAGAUCUCCUCCCAGCCACGCAGACAGUACCUGCUCCUCCACUCCCUCAAAGAGGUCAUCAGUGCCUGUCCAGCCUCCAGUCUCUCGCCCCAUGUGGAGUCGAUCUGGACGUUGCUGUUUCAGAACUGCGAGUGUCAGGAGGAGGGGACCAGGAACCUGGUGGCUGAAUGUCUGGGAAAACUGACCUUAGUGAACGCUGCCCAGCUGUUACCCAGACUUAAACAGCAACUUAAAACUGGUUCUCCUCUGGCUCGCAGCACAGUGGUGACGGCUAUCAAGUUCACUAUCGUCGACCACCCGGCUCCCAUAGACUCACUGCUGAAAGACUGCAUUGGCGACUUCCUGAAGACGCUGCAGGAUAAAGACAUCAACGUGCGCCGUGUCGCUCUGGUCAUGUUUAACUCUGCAGCUCACAACAAACCGUCUCUGAUCCGCGGCCUCCUUGCCUCGGUGCUGCCUCACCUCUACAAGGAGACCCAGAUCAGGAAGGACCUCAUCAGAGAGGUGGAGAUGGGUCCAUUCAAACACACUGUGGACGACGGCUUGGAUGUUCGUAAAGCAGCGUUUGAGUGUAUGUACACUCUGCUGGACAGCUGCCUGGAGGGCCUGAACGUCCUGCAGUUCCUGGAUCAUGUGGAGGAAGGACUCAAAGACCACUAUGACAUCAGGAUGUUGACUUUCCUGAUGUUAGCCAGACUGGCCUCUUUGUGUCCUGCAGCUGUUCUCCAAAGACUUGACAGACUGAUUGAACCACUUAAAGCUACUUGCACUACCAAGGUGAAGGCCGGCUCUGUGAAGCAGGAGUUUGAGAAGCAGGAGGAGCUGCGGCGCUCGGCCAUGCGCGCCGUCGCCGCCCUGCUGGCCGUGCCCGAGGUGGAGAGGAGCCCCAGCAUGGCCGACUUCGCCAACCAGAUCAGAACCAACGCUGACAUGGCGUCCAUCUACCAGAGCGUCCAGGGAGGGGAGGGAGGGGGGCUCGGGCCCACAGAGAGCAUGGAUAUGAGCUAGACGCUGACUAAUGGAGAUGUUUUAUUAUGAUGUUUUUUUUAUAGACGGGUUUAGAUACGGUGGACAAAAUGUUUUAAAGAAGCACCUUGCUGUUCAAAUUUGUUAUACAAUCACAUAAUUAAAAACUGGGCUCUUGAAUUUUUUCUCUGAAAAAACUACAUUUGAAGGGAGAGUUUGGUUGCUUGAGUUACUUAUCCAUAAUCAGUGUAUUGCCUACAGUAGAUGGUUUAUUUAGAUUAUAUCUCACCACUUUACCUUGCUGUCAGACAGCCCUUUUUCAACCAGGAACUGAAGCUGUUCUAUGCAUCUAUGCUCUCUUCAAAAGCCACCAGACUCCAGCUGCUGGUCUACCUCUGCCUCGAUUGGUUAAUUUGUUUGAGUUAUUGUGUCACUUUGAUAAACCCGAACUCUAAAGGACCAAAGUCGUACAGUAAUACCAAAUUUACUUAUUGAGGAAAUAAGUUGUGAGAUAUGAGUUAUUAGACUAGCAACUGAUGUGUUCUGCGAGGUAAAAAUACUGUUUUUGUUAAAGGAGUCUGGUGGCUUUGAAGAGAAUUUAAAAUUGACUGCAUAAGAAUCAUUUUAAUGUUGCAAACUAUUUACCUGUUUGCCUUGUAAAGAGUAAAAAUAGUAAAUGGCAUGAAAUGGAAAUACUCUGGUAAGGUAGGUUAAAAGUGGUUUAAAUUUGUAUUUAACAGUACUCGAAUGAAGAUAACGGCUGUCUGAUGGAAAGGUAAAUCAAUGAAAAUAUUCUAAAUAUAGUGUACACUGGAACAAAACAGUUUUGCAGCUGACUCCAUCCACAGCAGAACAUUUCAUAGCUCCAGUGUCAGUACCUCUGUCUGCUUCUCCAUACUGCAGUAAAAUACGACUGUGGAGAAGAACCUCCUACAAAAUGUUAAAUUCAAUCCAUUUUUUGUUCUUUCCAGUCAUACCUGGGUUUAAUUCAGUUCACAUGAAAUAAAGUGUUAGC